GUAAAUUAUGUGUCAGAAAAUUCUUCUCUCAGUCUUGUCAAUUUUAAUUUAUUUGAUCUUAAUCAAUGGUCAGGAGUUAACAUGUGACUUUAACAUUGAUGCAUUUGGAUACUCUUGUAACCUCAAAAUACAAAACCCAAAUGAAUUGAACAACUUCACAGUAAUCAAUGGAACACAUUUGGAAGGAAAGACUAAUGAGAAUGUUGAAUACAUAUCCUGCUACUAUCCAUCAAAAUCAAAAAAUUGGCCAGCAAUAAUUUGUGAAAAAUUCAUAAACACCACGAGGAUAGACAUUGAUACAGUUGGAAUUGAAAAUUUAGAUCGAAACUCCUUUGUAAACUGCAAGAAACUUGAAAUUUUACAUUUUUGGAACAAUCAAGUUAUUGAGCUUCAUGAAAAAACUUUUAUGGAUAAUCUGGAACUUCAACAUUUACAUCUUGUGAACAAUAAACUGUCAAUUAUACCAAAAGACGUAUUUUCAAAUCAACAAAAGCUAAUAACUUUACAAAUGCACAGAAAUAACAUUUCAGAUUUGGGAUCGACUCUUAAUUAUCUGAUUAAUUUGAAGGAACUAGCUUUAAGUUUCAACGAAAUUUCAAAUUUUAAUAGUCAAUGGUUUAAAAAUUUAGUAAAUUUGAAUGUUUUAUAUUUAAAUGACAAUCAUAUAGAGCAACUUCCUCGCGAUGCAUUCAGUUCUUUGAAAAAUUUGACAAGUCUUUCGUUGCACAGAAAUAAGCUGAAAGUUAUUCAUGCUUAUUCAUUUGGGACGCUGCCAAAUUUAAUUACUAUCAAUUUUCAUGGUAAUGAAGUCGAUGCAUUAGAUGAGAUGUUUAUUGAUAACACUGGUGUUCUUAAUAUGGAUAUUAGGAAUAAUAUAUGUGCUGAUCGAAAUAUUACGGAUGUUACAAUUUCAAGAGAAUCCAUGAGAGCUAUAUUAGAGACGUGUUUUUUUAACUAUCGGAUUUUAUUUCCAGAACCUAUAACAUCAACUACAAUAACCACAUCAUCUCCAUCAACUUUAGUUCCUGGUUGCAUUGGCGGUAAUAUAGAUCAAAGAAUCUGCGUAAUUGAAGGUACAACCCAAGAAUUUAAAGAUGAUAUCAACUUUUUGAAAACUCAGAAUCAAAAACUUGAAAAUAAUCUAGAAGAACAAAGUAUAAAGAUAUACGAUCUUCAAGAUGAAAAUGAAAGACUUUUUAAGUUAACUGAAGUGAUGGGAGAGAUGAUUGAGGAUCUUGUUAAAGGACAAAAUGAAAUGCGUGAGAAUAUAGAGAAUCAAUCUCAAUAUUUCAGUGCUUCGAUUGAAGAAUUAAAGAAUCAAAUGCUCGAGCUCUCGUCUCGUCCCUGUGCAUGCCGUUAAAAAGCUUUGUGAACAGUUUUAUAAAAUUUAAAAG